AUGGAUCUGGAUACGGAGGAGCACAAAGCGUACCAUGGUGCCUUGAUGGAUAAUGAGAGACCGGUGCAAAACUCGCGUGCUUUUGGUCGAUUACCCCUCGACGUCAUUCAGAGGAUCCUUUAUACAGUCGAUGCUGAUACGUUCGCGUCCCUGACCGUCUUGAAUCAGCAAUGGAGGAGGGCGUCAAAUAAUCCCGAACUCUACGCACACCACGUUGCCCAGUGUCCACUUUACGCCGCAUAUCAUGGUACCGGUAUAUCAUCGACAAACACACAGGAUCUUGACCAGCUAAAGCGAGAGUUCUAUCGAGAGAUACGGAAGAAUGUAUUUCAAAUCUUUCUACGUCCUCGCAAGACUUUGGUGACAUUGAUAUCGAGUUCUGUUGGGUCUUCAGCAGCAUUGCCAACGGGUGAGGCAUUGAAGUUUGGGUUCUCUGCAAACGGUCAUAUUUUGCUUUGCCUGAGCUCUUCUCGCAUCUUCGUCUUGGAUUUGACCGCGCCGGAGAUCAAUGUUUUGUACGAGUUAAAGACUUCGCGAAUGCCGUUGGCUGCUACGAUCCUCGACGAUGGUCGUGUUCUCGCCGUCGUCUCACACCGCCACCAAAUCAAUAUCUAUCAUCUAUUCAAAAGUGAAGCCAAACAUGUCCAAGUAUUGACGCUGAACGAUGUUCCACGGGCUCUCGCUCUAGCACCGAACGGUACUGUACUUGGCAUCGCAUAUGACGGCAGCAUAGAAGUGCAUGCAUUGGGUGAAGAUGCCAUACCGACUCAGUGCCGAGCUGUCCGAUGCGGAACGAUUGAUACUUUAUCGUUUUCUUCGGACGGGUCCAUGCUCAUCGGAUCUUCUGUGGAUGGUCCUGACGCCGGCUUUGUCACCAUCACAGCUCCGUUUCCGACGGACUCAAUGGCGGAUUUGAGCAAUCAAGAGACUCAUAUGUGGACUACACAGAUCUUGUUUCCCGAGGUAGUCUCUGGUUACAGCUUUGUGACGUUGUUACCGAGCCGUAUAAGUGGUGAUGAUGAUUGGAUAAUGGGUUUCGACCAUAGUCUCAAGACGUUUCGAGCUGUCCGACCAAAGGAGCCCAGAAUCGGUUCGGCGUACUUCCCAGGACCGGUUUCUCCAGAUGGCGCUGAAGAGUGUAUGCCUUCUUUGAACCCUGCUGUCGAUCCCAAGGCUGAAGUCGUUGCCCUGGCGUUUCGUGGUGGUGGUCUGUUUCUUUAUGGACUUCCUCAUGAUUUGAGUGCAACGCCGUUAGAAUCGGCCGAUACCAGUGACUUUAAUGCAGCUUCUACAUUGCCUGGAGACCACACUGGAAUUGUGGCAAGACGGGUAAGGAAAGGUCUUGACCAGCCGUCUCUAUUCAUAGCAGGCCGAAAGGUAGCUGAUAUCUCCGGGUUGACGGCCGCUCGCUGGGUGGGAGGAUUUUCUGAUAAUGGCCAUUUACGGCAACGACUGGUUGCCGUCGCUCCAGGCGGUGUCACGUCUUCUUCGCUCGGGGAUGAGACGAUACCAGUAGAUGGAGGAAGGAUAUCCAUAUUUGAUUUUCAAACUUCAACCAACAAUGGCGAGACUGCUGAACUGACGAUUGAACUUGGAGUGGAAGUACCCUUAGUACUCAGAGAACCAGAUGCAAAUCUGGAACAAGAAGUGGAGCUCGAAAGAAGGAGAACUCAGUUGCGUCGUGGUGCGGCUAAUCCGCCGAGAUUAGAGGCAAGAGAAUCAAUCAACAUUCCAGUCCCUAUGAUACCAGACCGGAGGAGUCAGUCAUCGGCUUCUCCAGAUCCCGAAGUUGGCGAUGUUACCUUGUUCCUGGAAGGACCGUACAGUAAUACCGCCCCUCGUUCUAGAGACACACUACAGCGUGCAGCAACGGCAGCAGCGAGCAAUAGAAGAGCUCAGCAUGUGGCACGCGAACAGGAACGCCCUAGAUUACCCGUCUUGCAUAUCCCUCAUGAGAGUGAUGCAGACAACUGGGUACCGCCUCCACCACCUUAUACGCGAAAUCCAGACCAACCACUUCCCGAACACCUUAGACAACUACUCCUCCCUACGAUGACAGCUCCUCCCGGCGGUACUAUGGAACAGGUUCCUCAGCAGGUAAGAAGAGCGAGUACAAACGAAGCUGAUCGACCCGAGACGAGUACCGGUGGCGGUUCUGGUAUACUUUCGAGACGUUGGAGUACCCGUAGGCGUACCGCAGAUGCCAGCGACGAUGCUGCAGGUAGAAACCGAUUGAGUUUCAGACCUCUUUCUUUCCAUAGAGUGCCGCCUUCGAAUUCGCAUAAUCAACCUAUUCCCGCUGUACAUCCUGGUGGAAGCGACAGGGACAGACCAUCUUCCACAAUACCACACCAGGUAGUCCGAGAAUCCCCAACUGAUAGCGGAGCUCAAACACUAUCUUCGGGGAUCCCCAAGAGGCCUUUCAGAAAUAGUAGAAUAUUUGGCACUUUCCGAAAGUCGACCAGUCACGGAUCAGCAGCCAGCCAAUCCAACGAGGAACAUCAACAAUACUUAGCUGAUCCUAGUCCAAGGAGGCACAUAUCGAUAAUGCGCAACGGCAGAUUUUCACGCUCAUCGCCAAAUCUUGCUUUUAACGGCAACGCGGCAAUCAAUCGUAUGUCAACUAUCUACAGUAACGCUUCUCGGUCGCAGAACGGCGGAGUGCACCGGACUCGCUCGCGAUCUGAAGCGGCGCAACUGCCAGCACCACUGACGGAGGAAGCUUUACAGCAUGCUCUUGCGAUGCAGCAGAAUGCCAGCGGCAGACGAUUACAAACACAAUCAAUGCCUAUACAUGGCCAUGACCAGCCGCAACCAACUCAAACAAACCAACAGCAGCCGCCGCAAGAAGCGAUGGUAGCUGAGAACACAGAUUGGCAACAACCCAAUCCCACAGAAUCAGAUGAAUGGAGGGCACGAAUAGAAGCAUGGAACAUGAAUACAAUUAACGAAAGAAGGAAAAGCAAAGGCAAGAACUCACGAUGUAUUGUUAUGUAAGAAAAUGAUGACUUUCUGCUUUGGUUUUUGUAUAUAUAUAUAGUGGACUGCUUUUUUGUACCUGUUUUAGCGAAGUGUUGUUCUUUUCGGAUUGUUUUGAUUCAGCUUU